AUGCAUGUCUUUCCGGCGGCACUUCUGCGGCGCCGUCGGCACCCCUCGACGCGCGGCUCGCCUUCCCAUCGACCCGCGCUUUCCUCUUCCCGCUCGGCGCCGCUCUCUGUGUCGCUGUCUGAUCCCCCCUUUGUUUUCUUCCCCGCCUUUGUCGCCUGGCUCGCAGGCCUCUCGCCGACCCAAACCGUCGCCUUCCUCGUCCAGGCUUCGACGUGCCCGCGCCGCGCCUGCGAUGAUGCAGCAGACCGGUCCCUCCGUCCGGCGCGGCCGAGCGCGCAGCUCGACUUCCCCUGGGAGGCUGCGCUGCUCAGAGAGGCUUGGCGCGAGGAGUCAACUCCGUCGCAGAAGGCCCGCGACCGCGCCAGAGAAGAGGCGCUCCGCGCGGGCGUUUUCGCCCCCGGAGAAGUGAAGGCUUUUGAGAAGGUCGUCUUCCGGCUCGUCGCCCAGCAGUUUCUCCUCUUUGAUUUUCUUGCCGCCAGAGAUGCCUUCGUGGGCGGACCCCUGUCGCCGCCCUGGACUGCGCCGCUGGCUGCCUCGGCUGCUUACCACGAGGCGAUCCUGCAGCCGCCGAGGCGCGCCUCGACGAAUCGCCACUUGGAUUUCUCCGCGGAAGGCGCGGAGGGAGGCAGUCCCCUCGAGGAGAGUUCUCCCUUUGUGCCCGGGAGACACCCGCAGAGGCUCACUACCCUCAGCGGGGAUCCUGCUGACUCGCCUGGGAGUCUCGAGGAGGCAUGCGGCUCGGGAGUGAGAGCCCAUGACGCGGAGGCGGGCGCCUUUCCAAGUCGGGGACGAGGCGAGGAAGGAGUGGAGACGAGAGCGGGUUUGAGCGUGAGAACUUUGCAUGCGCGCCUCGGCGACGGCUCGGGUUUCGCUCACGCGGAAGACGCGUCGCGUAGUCCACUCUGGCGAACGGGCGACGCCGACGGCCGCUCGUUGUACGACGCUGGAGAGACACUCGACCUCGUGUCGCUGCCGCCGUCCGACUGGCGUCUCCUGCGACGCGGCUUUUUUUCGCUGGACCCGCGCGUCGUCCUCCUCCUGCUGCAGCUGCCGCGCGAACACCAGAAUCUGAUUCUGCCCGUCUCCCCCGGAGGCGCGCCGGAGGGACUCGCCGACGAGGGGGACAGGGCCUUCUAUCUGGAGAAAAAGGACGCGUCGCGGAAGCACCGCCCCUUUCAAGGCCUCGGCCUGCGGCUUUUUCUCCGCGUGUUUCGCAGGAGAAAACCGCACGGAGUCGAGCGUGCACUCUGCGCCGCGCUCGCGACGCAGGCGGACUGCCCACUCGUUGCGGUGUAUCGACAGCUGGACAACUUGCGGCGCGUCGCGCACUACGUGGCGAUCGCGGUUCGCCAUCAACGGCGGCUGCUGGCUGAGACGUGCCUCGCCGGCGGGGGCCUGCACGUGCUUGGGAAAUAUCUCGGGCCGUUCGCCUGGGAAAAGCGGGCGCCAGAGAUCGCGCCGUCGCUGCUCACUGACAUGGCUGUUCGCGCGGCCGUCGCAGGCUUCGACAGCGACGACGAGAAAAGUGACGGGGACGAGGCUGCCAGCAAACGCGGCAGUUCCUUGUCCUCGCUCGCGUGGCCGAUCGUCCCGCCCUUGCGUCUCGCGUCCUCGCGCCUUCAAAACCCACCUCCCACCGCCGACGAGCGGGGAAACGUGGCGAGCAGGGGCGGCGCUUUUCGAGACACCCGGCCAGCUGUCUCUCCACGCGACGUGGCGUCGCCGGUUGCGGUCGCGGUGAGCCUGUUGACACCAGGCUUUUUGGGCCCUGCGCUCGGGUACACCUACUGGCGGAUUUGCUUUCUGCUUCAGCACGGCGUGCAGAUCCCGGUGGCGUCGGACGUUUUCCAGGUCGAAGCCGGGAGGAUGGCGGGGCCUUGGCGACGGCGAGACGCGCCCGGGUUUGUGGACGAGCCUGGCCUCUCUGGGCCUCGCGGUGCGAAGUUGAAACGCGGACUGCAUCUGCGCAAGAGCGUGAGUGCGGGGCCGCCGUCGCCGAGCAACGGAAACCGAGGGCUGGCUUCGCGAAGCGCUGCGUGGCGAGCGGCGAGUCGCGUGGCGGAGAGUUCCGACGUCUCGCCCUCGCCCAUCUUUUGGUCCACCACGCCCUCGUGUCUGUCGCCCGCGUGGGCUGCCGUGCCGAAGGCGCCGCUCUGUUGCUUCUGGUGUAUAGACACCGUGACCCAGCAGCUCCUCGCGUUCAUGUUCACCGUCCAGCCGGCGCGCCGCUCCGAGCGGGAGGCUUUUGCCGGUUCUGCGCGGCUGCGGCUAGCCGGCGGGAGUCGCCACCGAGACCGCGGCAGACUCCGCGAAAAAGAGCAGAGAGAGUGGCGGAGGGAAGUCGCACGCGCGGCGCAGGAAGCCGCGACGCUGCAGAUCCCCGCGUGGUGUAUCUACAGCAGUACACUCAUUUUAGACAGGUGGAACGCGCUCUCUGGAGGCGCGGGCCUGGGACGGAGCGCGGCGGGGCCCGGCGCCUUCGAGGCGCUGCGCCACCGCGUCUUUUUGCAUGCAGCGAAACUUCGGGCCGAGGCGCUGGCGGAUACGGAGACGGCGGAAGGCCCGUCGGGAGACGUCGAGUCUGCGUUGCCGCGGGGGCCUGGGAGCGACAGCGACCGGCUGGCCAGAGAGGCGAGUGCUGCAAAGGACCGGAGAGCAGGAGAGGGAAAAGAGGGAGAGUUGGGCGAAGGCGGUCGGGAAAAAGCGAGAGAAGGGAGAGAGGCUCCUCCGGGAUUCGGAGGCGAAGCCUUUGGUGGGAAUAGAGAGGAGCGAGAGGAAGGAGAUGAGAGAGAGGAGAGAAACGGGGCACGAAACGUGGACGGAAGAAAGGCGACGGAUACGCUGUCGGCGGACCCUGUGCUGACAGAGGCCGAAUUGACCGUAGGUCUCCACGCGUUUCUGUCCUUUCUUUUGUGUUUUUCGUCCUCGCGGCUGUUCCAGUUUUCGCUCCUUCAUCUCUGGGACCUCGGCCACGCCGUCGGCUGCAAAUCUGGCGCGUGUCGCGCGCGAGAGCAACCGCCCCAUCUGCCUUCGAGCCUGCCGCCCGCCCCGCGGGGUGUACGUACACCGCAGCCAGUCCAGAGGCGCGAGGGCCGACCGGAACGUCGCUCGACAUCGCUCUUGGCAAGAGAGGAGCCGGCCGGCGAGGCGGGCGAGGCCGCGGCGCUUGAGAACGAGCGAGGGGAGGGUGCGCGGGCGACGCAGUUUGAGAGGGCGAGGCGAGAAGGAGCCGAGAGUUGUGGAAACGACGCGGCGCCGGAAGGACGGCCGAAAGGCGAGAAAGGCGCCGAACGGAAGAGGGACAGCCACUGCGAGGACAUGCGCGUCUUUUUCAGCGCCGUAGAGAGCGCUCUGCUGGACACACUGUUUGACUUGGAUCUCGCGCGGUCCCCCGCGCUGCACGCGUCUCGUGCGUCGCGCGAAGCACAGGCCGGCCCUCGAAACACAGAAUCGGUGGCGUCAGGCAGAGACAGCCGACAGGUCAGCAGUUUCUCCGCGGCGCCCGCAGAGACGGAGGCGAGGAGCUGCGAGAGCGAGAAAGAGAAGGGCGAGGAGACUUCUGGGCGAAGGAUGCAGCGAGGCAAGGAAGGAGAGGCGAGGGAAAGUGAGGGACGAGGCGGCCAGAGAGAAAAAGGACGAGGCCGAGAAGGAAAUCGGCGAGUGUAUGGCGACGACCAGGCCGUGGCACAGGCGAAGGCUUUUCUGUCGCGAUGUUGUGCAUUCGCAGAGGUCCUGUGUUCAAAGCCGCUCCGGCGCUGCGGGGCGACAUGA